AGCGACACACGAACAACAAAUCUCACCUCCAGCCGCCGGAGCGGUGGGAGAAGGGAGGCGGAAGGCAGAUUGCCGGCGUUCACCAGAUAGCCAGCGCCCGUCGUUUUCCUCCCGAUCGCUCCUUUUUCUGGGAACCGUUGGGCGCUGGCAGACGAGCCCAAUUGCCUUUUCUCCGAUCCGGUUCGGUUAGAUCGACCGCCCACCUUGCUGCAGCGGCGCUAUUUUUUGGCUUCCCGCCCACAAACAUCCGGAUCGUAGACUGGCGCGAAAUUUCCCUCGCUUCUUUCGUUUUCAGGCCCUUCCUCCCUCUACGCAUCCCUAGACUCCUAGUACUAAGCGGAGGCAGCAACCAGCCAGACUACAGCGCCCCGACUGAGCUUCUCCUCUUCACGAGUUGAGAUCCGGCGUACCGUAGCUGGCGUGGGGUCGCUGACACCUGGGGUCCGGAUCCAUUCGGGGAAGCCUAUUAGGUUAGGUUACCAGUUCCGUUACCAAGGCCCUCACCUGCCGCCUGCCGCCGCAGCUCCUCUCCCAGCAAAACGGCCGAGGCGGCGCUCCUCUUAGGGCUUGAAGCUACCGAGGGAUCUGCAGCUUUGCUUGAUUCGUUCGCCUUCGCGGUGCUUCAGGAAACCUCUGGCAUUUGUUUCAAUCCGUAGACUGUUACUUGAGCCACAAUGUUUGGUGCUGCUCUCAGAAAGCCAGAGCAGAGUCCUAGACGAAGAUCUCCAAGGCUCAAGAACAUCCGUGUAGCAUACGCUGAAGACUGUAAAACUGAGAUCGUUUAUCUUGAAGAAACUACCUCUGAUUCAACCUCAGAACUUAAUGUUGCUUCCCUUGGUGGCAAUGAUGCUGAGCAAGAUUUGCAUAAUGUGACUCUCAAGGAUUUAAGAGCCCGGUGUAAAGCUAAGAAUCAGAAGGCCCAGAAAAUUAUUUUUGAAGGACCUGGCAGUAUUAUGCACCAGACUCAAUGUGGGGAUCUUGAGAAUGAAAUACCAAAAGAGGUGGUUGAUCUUGAUGAGCCCCUUAUUGCCUUGAAACAGAAGAAGCAAAAAUCAUCCCCUAGCAAAGCAAAAAGAAAGAUGGAUGCACCAACUUCUUCAGAUUCUGCAAAAGUAGAAGAUACAACAUCAAAAAGAGGCGGGACUAAUCUUGUACAAGCUCUCUCAGUUGAUGCAAUAUUGCUUGACUCAAUGAAAUCAAAGCUUGAAAGAAGGGCUACAGAUCUAGAGCACUCAGAAAUUGCUAUCGUUUCAGAUCACAAUGAAGAAAUUGUCGGGGUGUGUGCCGGAAUGGAAAAAACAAUUGUUUACAAAAUCAAGGUGGAGGAUAUAGAUACUUACCUCCACGAGGAAGCUGGUGUAUCUAGUUUCUGCCAAAAUAACUCCUUUGAGCAUUCAUCUGUUGAGAUGCACCAGGUGUCAGUAGAGGAUGCUGUAAGUGGACAACAGGCUGGUUUCACCCAAGCAACUGAACUUGAUGUUUCUGAUCAUUCAUGUGAACCUACUCACAGUGUCGAAGCUUUUUUGGAUGACAAUGUAGUGCAACACAAGACAAUAGAUGAUAUAGCUAGUUCCGAUGUGGAUAAUUCUUCUACUGUUAGUGAUGUUUUGUUGUGUUCUCUUAAUCAGUCUUGUGAGGAACUUGUAGAUAAUCAUGAAUACUGGUAUCCAGGAGUUGUUCAAGGUAAUACACUAGAAGACUCAAAGACAGUUGAAGAUUCUUCUACUGCUAAGUUUAACACUGAGAUGUGGUCUAGUUCGGUCGUCAUCAGAUCCGACUUAUGUGGAAGCACACAGAAGAAUUGUCCUUCACUUAAGGAGGUUGAGCAGAUGCAGGCAGAAGGUCCCUUAGAUUCACUACCCUGCCAAGGUGUUAGAAUAAAGGAUACAUUACUGCAUAUGAAUGUUGAACAAGAAGCAACUGACUAUAAUUUUACUUUUGACAAGACUCUCGACUUGGUUUAUACACCCAAUUUUGGCACGCAAGAUGGACGCCUAGAAAGUAUAGUUUUUGAUGCUUUGAAUAAUCAUGUGCAGAGGAAGAAUUCUGAAACUACAACAUUUGUUGGAGUUUCAGAUACUGCUGUAACACAUGAUAACCAACUCUUAUUGGCCAAUGAUAUGGUGAGGUCAUCAAAUGAUAUGGAUCAGUUGAAUGGCACAUUGAGUGGUGAGAUCUCUACACCUUUUAAUGAUAAAGAUUCAAGAGAAGAGUUUGGUUUUCAGCGUAAGUUAUUCCAGGCUUGUGAUGAUGGGGACAAAACUAUCCGUUUAACAUCAGAAAGCUCCUCUCAUCCUGAGGAAACACAGAAAAUUCGAGCUGGAGCUUCAAAUUCAAUUGCAACCUCCCAGGGAACUGAUGGACAAACAGAGCUAUCAGAAUUUGUUGUAGAUGAAGAAUCAAUUGAAGAGCAUACCCCGAAAAAACUGUUGUCCAAGCGAAAGAUUAUGUCACCAACUUCUCAGGAGAAGCUUUGCAAUGCUUUGACUGGUAUCGAUUUGUGUGGAGUCAAAAGGCUGAAGAGAAAGAUCCAUGUUGAAGAUUGUGAUCAAAUUAGACAGACAUUACCUCAGACAGCAAAUAAGCAAGACCAAUCGAUUUUAAGCACAGACAGGAGACUUAAGGGUAGAACUUGUGUCUCCUAUACAAGCAAAGGAGUUCUCAAGUCAACAGAAUCUCAAUCCCCUCCACAAACUAGUCGUGCUUGCAUGAGAAGUUCACCUGUUCUCUUGGACACUAGGAAAGCUGUUGAGUUUUCGGAGAGGCAAAUGCAUGACAUAGAGAGCAUUGCAGCAAAUCUUAUAAGGAGUUUGAAGCACAUGAGAAGUAUAGUGGACGGAAGUUUGUCAUCAGAAGCACAUUCUUUGAUUCCUAAUUUUAACUCUGCUGAGAUCAGAGCAGCAUCAGAGGAUGCAUUAGAAGUGGAAAGAACUACAAGGAAAUGGUUGGCGAUAAUGAACAAAGAUUGCAACCGCUUCUGUAAAAUAUUGACACUAGAAGGGAAGAAGGCUGUUCCUCACUCUGAAGUGCCAAAGAAACGAAGGAAGAUAGUAUUUGCAGAUGAAGCUGGAGGAACACUCUGCCAUGUUAAGGUGUUUAAUGAUGAACAAACCUCUCUUUCUGAAUGCCAGAUAGAGUUAUGAAUAUCUUUUGCAUGGGUUGCAUGAAGCAACUUUAUCAUAAUGAUAUCCUUUCGUGUAAAUAAAGGAUAAAAAAAGCCGCACUCAAUCGGACUGAAAUGACUAGAGAAUUCUUGUUGAAAUGCUGGCAGGAAUGUAAGUGUAUGGUAUAUAUAACAGCAUCUAUUUAUUCGGGCCAGAUUGGUCACAUUGUUGCUGUAGCUUAAGUAUUAUCAUUUCCCCUGUAUGUUAAGAUGAAAGAGUCCGGUAUAAAGUUUUGUCUAAACGUGAGCGAAGAUGCCAGUUAUUGUAAUUUGUAUUCAACAGCCAACACACUGGAAUUUGAUUAUCUGAACUGUUUAUUGAAAGAUGGGUUGUUUGAAUGCUA